UUCUGUUGGUCCGCGGGGAAGUCGCAAGAUGGCCGACGUCGCAUGAAAGUAUGUUCCUCUCCUCAACAUGAAGUCGUGAGUGAGACAGAGAGCGAGGGAGCUUACGUCGGGCUUUUGUUUUUGUUUUAUUUUAGUUGUUUUACUUUAUUUUCCCCUUAAUUAUUCAUCUCAUUCCGAAUCGUGGCUUCCCUCGAUUUGUCUCGACUAGUUGACGCGUCAAUCACGCCGGGAUCUUGGCUAACUGGCUAAGUGCGCGAGCUAGUUUGUUAGCCGCAAACUGUAGCUCUUAUAACUGUUAACCAGUUCAGGAGAAACCUACUGUAAUCAGUAUCGGUUAGAUAGUUUUAAUAACAGCGAGCAUGUUGGAUAGCAAUUGCGUAGUCGUUGUUAAAAUUGCAGCUAUUUGAGUUACUAGAUGGGUUUAUUUUGAUGUUACCAACAUUGUCGACAUUAUAACUGUAGCGUGCGUGCCGUUAUCCUCCAUCGUUACAUUGUAGACAGUGGUUUUGUUUAUAUGGUGCAACAUUGCAAUUAAUCAAAACAGAUAGACUGUCGUUUGGAUUACAAUACUGGGACAUCACCGUAACACAGUAAGGAAUGGACACAUGCUAUACUUACACGACCAAAUGUAAAAAAUAGCCACACACAUUUGUCAUUUUACAGCGGUGUUUAUUUGACAGUUGCAUUUUGUCGGGUUGUUUACCUUACGCACCACACUGUAAACAUUUCAGAUUAGUUAGCCGAAACUACUCCUGACACUUUGGCUAAGUAAUUAAUCUUCUCAAUAUAAGGUUCACGCAUCUCGCGCUUAUAGACACUCGUACAAACAACAUGGGAGUUCAAGGCUUUCAAGAGUAUUUGGAGAAACGUUGCCCCGGGGCGGCGGUUCCGGUGGACCUUCUCAAGCUCGCACGAACAGUAGGCCGUCAGCCCCCACAUCACCACCACCACCACCAUCAUCCCCAUCAUCCGAGCUCGCUGCCUCCGCCUCCCCCGCCAGCUCGCAUUCUCGUUGACGCAGACUCCGGCCUUCAGCGGCUGUACGGGGGCUACCAGACCGACUGGGUUUGCGGAGGCGAGUGGAACGCAAUGCUCGGCUAUCUGGCGGCGCUUUCCCAGGCUUGUUUGUACCAGGGCGGACUGGAGCUGGUGGUGGUUUUUAACGGCACGCUUGGGAAAGAUCGAUGGCCGGAGUGGGCGCGGCGGGCACAGGGACAGAGGCAAACAGCGCAGCUUAUCGUCAAUCACGUUGGCAGCAAGGCCACGCCCCCUCCGCGGGCCUGGUUCCUGCCCCCGGCCUGUCUGAGCCACUGUGUCCGUCUUGCCAUGUUCAGAUUCCGCGUACGGGUAGUGCAGACCCUUGAGGACCACCACCAGGAGGUGCUCUCCCUGUACAGAGACUACGGUUUUCAGGGUCUGAUCGCACAGGACUCAGAGUUUGCACUAUGCAACGUCCCAGCCUAUUUCAGCUCACAUGCUCUCAAACUCUCCUGGAAUGGCAAGAAUCUGACCACUCACCAGUACCUGCUAACAGAGGCUGCUCGCCAACUUGGCCUCAAGACCCAGCACUUGGCCAUCUUUGCUGCUCUACUUGGUAACCACAUUCUGCCAGAUGAAGACUUGGCUGCCUUCCAUUGGAGUCUUUUAGGGCCAGAACAUCCUCUUGCCUCGCUCAAGGUAAGGGCUCAUCAAUUAGUUCUCCCACCUUGUGAGGUGGUCAUCAAGGCUGUAUCUGAAUAUGUGGCAUCCAUCAAAGAUCUUGGGAAUUUGGAUUCGGUGGCCAAGGAUGUUUUUAAGCAGUCACAGUCACGAACUGAAGACAAAGUUGAGAGGUUUAAAAAGGCAGUGGAGUAUUUUUCAGUGGCCAGUAAACCAAGACCUCUCUCCAUGGGACCUUCUCCUUACCUCUUUCCAGGCUUUGGGCCUAGUCAGUUUAGUGGACCUCCAGGCCACAUGGGGGCAAUGCAGCCUGGAAAAGCUCAGUUCGGUCCACCCCAGAUGUCAGGUGUCAAGGUGCCUUAUCUAGGUGGGCUCUAUGGACCCAGCCCUGCCACUGGUCCUGCCCUUUUAUGCCAGAACCCCACACAGCCUCUACAAGACUGUAAUGAUUCGCUAGCUGGAAAAAUGGGCUUUGCUGAUUGGUCUGCUCCAUAUGAUUCCUCACAAGGUGGCAACCGACAGCCCAAUCAUCACACAGCUGCUCCUACAGGUCCUUCCCCUUCAUCAUCGUCAUCUUCAGAUGGGGAAGAGCAAAAUGACACCAGCACUAAUCAUUUGGCUGAAAAAUCUUCGAGAUGGGAAGAUCCCAGUGGACGAGGAAGCGGGCCCUCUGGGGAUAGCCACCAUGGCAAUGGAAGUGGCCCGUCCAUCCCGUCUUUGCUGUCCAUGCCAACACGCAGUCACAUGGACAUCACAACUCCGCCCCUUCCACAGGUCAGUGCUGAGGUGCUGCGAGUGGCAGAGCACAGACACAGAAGAGGACUCAUGUAUCCACAAAUCUACCACAUCCUGACCAAGGGGGAGAUGAAAAUGCCUGUGUGUAUAGAGGAUGAGUGCAACCCAGACCUUCCUCCUGCCUCUCUUCUUUUCCGUUCUGCACGCCAGUAUGCCUAUGGGGUGCUGUUCAGCUUGGCCGAGACCCAGCGGAGGCUGGAGAGACUGGCCAUGCGCAAACGAAGUCCAAUUGAUGUGCCCCCAGUUAUUGUAAAGGAGUGGUGUGCCAGUAAAGCUAAAUCUGCCCUGACCCCAGAGCUAGUCCCAGCCCUGUGUUUCCGCGAGUGGACGUGUCCCAACCUGAGACGGUUGUGGCUGGGUAGAGCUUCAGAAGACCGCAGCCGCCGCACUCGAGCCUUCCUGGCCUGCAUGCGCUCUGACUGCCCUGCCCUGCUCAAUCCGGCAUGUGUGCCGUCUCACCUGCUGCUCAUGUGCUGCGUGCUCAGGUAUAUGAUGCAGUGGCCAGGAGGCCGUAUUCUUCAGCGCCAUGAGCUUGAUGCCUUUUUGGCUCAAGCUGUGUCCAAACAGCUCUAUGAGCCUGACCAACUUCAGGAACUCAAGGUGGAGAAGGUGGAUAACCGCGGGGUUCAACUUGCCUCUUUGUUCAUGAGCGGUGUGGACACUGCCUUGUUCGUGAACGACGUAUGCGGACAGCCCCUGCCAUGGGACCACUGCUGCCCUUGGGGCUUUUUUGAUGGGAAAUUGUUCCAGAGCAAGCUAGCUAAAGCCACCAGAGACCGAGCCUCCUUACUUGACAUGUGUGAAGGCCAGGAGGAGCUGGUUUCAAGGGUGGAGAAGAUGCGCCAGGCCAUUCUGGAAGGCAUCAACCUCUCCCGACCGCCUCCCCCACCUCCACCACUGCCACCCCCUGCAUUCCUCCCCCCUUCCAUGGUGCCCCCUUUCUACCCCAUGCACCCUUUGUACCCUCCUCGUCCGAUGGGAUCCAUGCCACCUCCUCCUCACCACCACCAGCACCGGCCCAGGGCCUUCCCAGGACUCCAGUCUAUACCUCCCCAGGGUGGCAAGCUGGAAAUAGCUGGCAUGGUUGUUGGCCAGUGGGCUGGGAACAAGCCACUGCGUGGCAGAGGGGGGUUCAAUAUGCAGGUGGUGUCGGUGGGAGGGAGAGGAAGGGGUAAAGAGGUUCUAUCAAGAGGAAGGGGAGGGAAGAAAAUGACCACCAACAGAACACAGACACUUUCAACAUCGCCUCCCUCCACCAGCCCCCCAAAGCUCAGCGAGGAUCCUAAAGCAAUGGGGCGACCUGCUGGACCCACGGAGGGAACAGGGACUGUAUCACAGCAGCUGAACGGCAGCUCUUCAGGAAGCGCCACUGGUCAAGCCCUUGACCUGCCACCACUGGCCCAGCCAAUCCAGUGUGCCUUAGCCAGCAGAGACAACCAGUCAGGAGAUGACGUGGAGGUAGAGGCCCCUUGUUGCCUUGACGACUGCCCGUCAGAUGGUGCACUACAGAAGGAGGAGUAAUUACAUCCCAUAAUGUAAUGAGAAUGAGAGAGUGAGAGGGAAUGAUCUUAGGUUGACUGUCUUUUCCUUGCAAAAUUAAAUAUUUAGGGCACGGUAGCCACUUUGUGUUAUCAUAAUAUAAUUUAUGAUGCUACAUGCUGGAAACAACAGGUGGGCAGUGACAGGAUUAUGGUCCGUGUCACCUUACGAGACGGUUCUGAUUUAAAACCUAGCAAAUUUAAAUCGCAACCCUCGACUGCACAUCUUCGGAUUCUGGACCUUAUCCUUUCCACUGGCCCCAAUCGGUGUUGUAGCAUUUCGUUUUAAUUUUAGACCUUUAGUACAUCAGUGGUGACCUUUUAUGUAUGAUUGCCUAAAAUGGCUACAAAAGGCCCUUAUUGCCCAAAGUAUAUUGUAAAAUGUACCUGCUCAGAUAACUGUUGCACCGUGUUACGUAGCACAGCAGCACCCAACUCUCAAAUCACACAGCAAAGAAUUACACUAUUUGAACCCUAACUGUAUCUGAAGUGCACCAUAGGGGAGGAUUCAAUGACAACACUGCCCUGAGUACAAUAGAAUGAAAACAUGAUGGAGUUGAUAUUUGUAUGUCACAGUGUGCAUUCACACACACAUGGUUUUCCCGUUUUUAUUUAUUUUUAAUUUUUUUGCCAUAACCUUUAUUGAACGUUGAAGUUCAGGUGAAUAAGUUGCCCAGACCCAGAGAUGAGUAAGAACAAUUGAACGCUCAAGAGAGUUGUACAGGUUGCAUUGUGUAGAUCAACUUUGUUGCUUUAUUUAAAAGAUUUCUGAUGGUCUGUCAGCUAAUUUGAACAUCCCCUUUAGGAUAAGCAAACAGCAGUACAACUCAGUCCUACAUUUACUAAGUUAUAAAUUCAAUCUUUAAAGCACCUUGAAACCUGCCCAAGGUUAUAGAUAUGCAAGCUCUUAUUGUAAAAGAAAUGCCCUUAAAAAUUGAUUGUAUCAUAACGUGAAGCACUUAAAAAUUAUUUAUUACAAUAAGAAAGUACUGCUCUAUAUAGAUAAAUUAUUAGGUUAAUUUCAUUUCACCAACUUUUUGACAGUUUAACUGUCCGUAUAAGCUUUUACCUUGCGUGUUGUUUACCAGUAUGACGUACAAAUUGGCACCAACCCAUGUGAAAGUGAGUGCACUUUGUUUUAAAAACGAAAACACACUGGCUUGUCCUCGAACCAGGAUAAAGAAUAUCCGAGGCUUCUGCUAGAGUUAGGGAGGAAGCGAAACGGUGUGUUCAUAGAGAACCAUACUGUUUGACAUCCAAGCUGUUUGUAUAUAGACCCAAAUGUACAUGAUCCUGUUACGCAACGAUGCGAUUUAGAGAAGUGAUUUUAUCAGUGGUCGAGAAUGCACACAGUCCUUCAGAAUAGACUGGCCAUUUGACAUCUCUCAGCUUCACAGUGAAAUCUUUUAUGUUGAUUUUAGUUUUCCGCUCUUCUCGUCCGUCUUUCAUUCAUUCUCUGUGCCUUGCCCUUGUGCAUGUGUACCAUGUGGUCGUUUUUUGUGCAUGUGCAUUCUCCUACCAUAGCUAAAAUCAUUGAACGUUUUGUCACGCUCUAAAGUAAUUAUUCAAUGAACCUUAGGAUUACCUUCUAUUGUGACAAAGUCUUUAGAAAAAUAAUUUAAAAGUCAUUUAAAAAAAAGUGUGCAUCUCCAGACCGUUCGUGACAAUAAUCUCUCCAUCUUGUCUCGUUUUGUGACAGUCCUAUAAACUCAUGCACUUAUGUGUUACAGAGAGAUACUCUGUUGAGGCUUUAAAAAAAAAAGUAAACAUACACUGUAAAAAAUUCAAUUGUUGGGCCAAAUAUAAAAAUUUUAUGGUUUAAUGUAACCCACUAGUAGGGUUAAUCUCUUUUUGACCCAAUGCUGGAUUGAAAAAUAACCCAGCAUUUCCAGAGUGCAAUAAAGCACCCUGAAGGUUAAAGCCCUAUUUGCUAUAGAUUGACCAUUUUGCAUCAGAUGGUUAAAAAGUAAUUAUACUCACAUUUAAUGUUUAAAAUCCACCUGAAUACACAGUGAUUUGUUUGACUGUAGUAAAUGAAAGUAUAAUGUAAGAAUACUAAUACACUUGAGAGGGUAUCACAUUUAAUCAUCAUAGUUUAAAAAUAUGUACAAUUGACAAUAUCAAGAUAACAUCACAGCUUUCUAUGAAGUCAUAAGAUGCACCUUAUUUUGUUAUGAUAGGAAGUUAAUAAAUAUUAUAUUUAGUGCCACUAAAGUAUAUUGAAAGCUCUUUAAAUCAAAUUAUGAAAGACACCCAUUAUAGCUAUGUCUAUAUGUAUAUUCUGCAAAAUUUCACUUUUCACAAACCACGCUAUCAAAUUGCAUUUAAAGUUCGUCAGAAAUAUCACACCAAGCAUGCAUUUUGAAUGUAUGACAAAGUUCAUGAUAUUUCCUUAAGGACAGUGAAAUAUCAAUGUCAAAGACAAUACUAGACAUACCGGACAGACUUUAAGCCAAGAAUAAUCUUGACUGUAGCACGAAAGGUAAUAUUCCUCUUAAACUAAUAUGGUACACCAUCAUGCACAUUACAACAUUUUAAAUGUCAAAUUUAGGUUGAGUCACAUUUUAUUACAAGUUAAGUACAGUAGUGCUAGUUUUUAAGAGGAUCUCCAGCAUGUUAUAGUGUAUAUGAACAUGCAUACAGAUUGAUGCACACCCAUUAUUGUUAACACAGAUUAAAGUUUCAGUAGAUCCUUUUCAAAAACAUUCAAUUCUCUAUCCGUCUGUGAUUUUAAAGCAGUUUAGUUUUUCUUCAGUGUGUUUAUUGUCAUAGAUUAUCAGUAGCUCCUUCACAUUUAGUUUAAAGUGUAAUCUAAGAAAAAAAACCAGCAUAAACCGAAAUAUACAGACACACCAAAUAAGAUAUAAUCUUUCUCUCCUACAGUCAAUACAGUCUCUGUUAUACCUGUAGAGAGACAUCAUUUAGUACGAGGGAGUAUUUAUAGCAUACUCAGAUUGUGUAUUGUCCAGAGUGUUAAUUUCUCUUUUCAUUAUUUGGAUACUUAAUUUGCCGUGUCGGAUGCUUUGUUCCAAAGUUACCCUCUUCAAAGCUUCUUUGCUUUGUUUUAGAUUGCUGCUUAAACUGUCAUUCGUUCAUUCAUUCAUGAUUUAUAAAGAAACUUGUGUGAGAUGUGCAACAUAAGUAUAUAUUCAGACAAUACAUAUGGUAAUACUUGCGUUGUAUGAGAGAGAGAUACUAUGGAAAUCUGUGAGGAUUGUUUGGCCACCUAAUUUAAGUUGGCUUUGUUUCUCCAGAUGUUGGGCCCAGUCUUGAUAAUCUCAUCAAUAUAGAAAAUUGGUGAAAACGCAGAUGUAGUUAUUUUAAUAAUUUCUUUAUAGACAUUUAUUAUUUCAGUAACUUUUAAUAUUCAAGCAUUUGUCGCUUCUGUAUUCUUAGUUUGCCCAGAUUGUAACAUCUCCCUCUACUCGACUGUCCCGUUUCUUUUUAUUCUUAAAAUAAUCUCAUAUAUUCUUGCUUAUGUUACCCCUGCAACAGCUCCCCUUACCUCUUCAUACAAACAGUGAAAGAUUUUAACUUUUAUAAUUAGUUCAGUCUGUCUGUAUGUAAUUUUAGACAAGAGUUGGUAACAUUUUCAACAGUGAAUCAAGAAAUGUAGAACCUUAACAUCUUCGGUUUCAUUCAGUUGUGAAAUUGUGUUUUACUUAAUUUUUAAAUGUUAUUUCAACUGCUACUCCUUUGACCGUUGCUACAUUUAGUAUUAAAAUUUGCUUAGCAGAACUAGAUAUUUUUAACAGUAAUGAUUGCAAUUUUCCUCACCUCUGUUUUGUAUGGUAUUGUUUCAAGCCACUUCACCAUUUUGAUGUAAUAUUCACAUAAAAACGGAUACGUUUUUCACGAUUUCAGUCUGAUCAAAAAUUGAUCAAGUUCAAAAGCUACAUCGGUACAAAACUACAUUUCAAACUGAUUAUUUUUCAACCAAAGUAAAUCUCUGGAAGCUAUGAUUUCAGUAUAGUCAAGUCUCUUUCUGUAAAAAGAUUUGUUGGUUCAACUUUAAAAAAAAGUUAGUUUACUGGUUGCCUUAAAAUUUGAGUUAACUAUUUUAAAAAGUUGUUUGACAAAAUUUUGAGUUAAUUCAACUUAAAAAUAUUAAAGGCAGACAGGUAACUUAUUUUUAAGUUAAACCAACUUUUUUACAGUAUUUAUAUUAUAUCCAGUUGCGUGGUUUUAAUAAUUGCGAUACGCAAGGCGUCUGUAAUCUGAUACUAAUUAAAGAAAAUGUGAUUUUUACAUCUUUUUGGUGAACAACGGCUAAAUGUUGUAUCAUCCAGUUUUAUUGCUAAAAUGAAGAUUUUAUGUCCUCUCAAGUUAAGCCUUGGACACAGCUCUUGAUACUGAUUAACCCUAGAACACAUUAACUCCCAUGUACAUGUAUUGUCCCUCUGAAAUAUGUAGCUUCAAUUGUAGUCAUGGAUAGGUUAAGUGUGAACACAUACUGUAACCAUAUACACAAACAAAUGCUAUUAUGGUAAAAGUUUUGCCUGUGCAUUCCUGUAGAUUUGUGUCUGGACCUCAGAUCUGACUCUCGCUUUAUAACUGUUACCCCGUAUCCUGGCUGUGUAGCCCUUCACUCCACAGGACCCUAUGUGUGCUCUUAACUGGUGUUGUCAGGUUUCAAUCCUAGUCUGAUAACAGCAAUGUGUUGUGUACGGUGGCCCACUUUAGGAAGUACCCUUUCAUGUGGUCCCCAAUGCUUUGUAGCACCUGGCCCUUUCAUAGCCCAUAGACAGUCAAGUCGACCCAUCCAUUUGUAGGCAACACAUUCUGUCGUCUGUUCUUGGGAAACUGAUCUGUUCAUCAACACAGACGCAUUGAUGCAUGCAUCAAGAUCUCCAAAAGCUCCAAAAAAAACUUGUGAAGUGAAGGGUAAAGUUCAUUAUUAUUAUUGCUGUUAUGGUUAUGAUCGUUAUUAACAAUUUCUCAUUUUUAGUAAAAAGAAAGCACCUGAUUGUUUUGGAAAGAAACUUUUCUUUUUAAUUUGUCUUGCUGUUGUGGUCUGAUUUCACAAUGGAUUGGGGAGAAAGCCAAAAGGCUCAGGAGAGAGAGAGUCAAAGUUGGCAGUCAUGUUUGUAUGGUUGGGAAAUGACUUCAGUGCUGAAAUAAAAUUUAUUCUUUUAGUAAAA